UGCGCAUAAGUCGACGUGUGACCUUGCAAGUUGAAACCACCAGCUGUGUCAUCCCAUGAUCGCAGAAGUCCUUCUCGUCCUAGCCGGCCACUCGUCUUCUAUCUUUCCAACCGAUCACACCGUCAAUUCCGCCUUUACACCUCUUCUACAUCCCGGAGAGCAACAAUGCCUUGAGGCACUCGGACAGAUUGCGGUCAGGUACCGCAAGAUCAAGAAGGCAUGCGUAACGCUCUCUCGAUCAAAUUCGCGCUACGUCUCCGCGCUCUGUGCGACACUGAAUCAGAUCCUCAAGGAUGAAUACGAGGCCCUCGUAGUUGAAACAGAGGCCAAGAUACUCAAGCGCGAUAGUAGCCUCGUCGCGAGCGGCUCGUUUGUUCCUCUAUCAUCUAUUCGCGCGACUUUUGCAGAGUGGGACGCGCCUCUCGCCGCGUUGGAGUAUCUCGUUGAUGAAUUGCAAGCGAAGGCACAUUGGGAGGCAGGACCGCUUAUCGAUCUGCUCCUUACACGGUCGCACACAGGAAUAUACCGAGUGGCCUCUAUCCAUGCUCGUCUCUCCGAAGCUGUGCAACGCGUCUGGAUCAGUCAGCUACAGGCACUCGUGGUCCAUGGAACACUGUCGGACACACACCCUCUAGCUUCAAAGGACUAUACACUUCUGGACUCCGCUGUGCCGUCUUGCUUGUCUGCUCAAUCGAAGGAUUCCAUAUCAUACGUCGGGCGAGCGAUCAGCAUUGUGAAAGCAGCGAAAUGGGAGAGGCAAUUUCCAAGAGACCUAGCCAUGGAACAUACCACGCUGCUUGAAAGUGUGCUGCCACAGGAUCAGUACGCCUUCGACCGAGUCAUCGCCGACAUCAGGACCGCCGUCAGUGAAUGGCUGUGGCACAACGUCUUGACGCUCAAAGAUGUCGAUGUCGCCGUGGAAUCGUUAGCGAAUUACUUCUUGCUCAGAAACGGGGAAUUCGCACUAUCCCUCAUCAGGGAGAUUGAGCGUCUCAAGGUUUCGCGUUUGACCGGCCGGUCAGGCCCUAGUACGAUGAUACGAGAACAAGACCUUCACUUAGCCCUUCUUAGAGCAUCCCUUGGAACAACUGCCCAACACGACCCCUCACUAUCUCACCUCCGCUUUCGCUUACCUUCGGGGCCUUUGCGGCCCCUGCUUCCGUCGCUCGCUUCCGGUCCGGCAAGAGACAUCUCCGCCUCCUUGAACCCCGCAGAGCCGACAUCAUUCGACGACCUGCUCCUGGGAACCCCAUUGGUUUUGACAUACAGUAUCUCAUGGCCACUUGAUCUCUUCCUUCAUGCUUCCCAUUUACAAAUCUACGCGGCACUCUUCGCCUACCUCUCUGCAUUGCGGAAGACACACACACGCAUUCACACCUGCUGGACGUCUCUCUCUAAUGCUCAACGUGCCCGGCGGCGGUGGACGGGUCUGGGAGAAGGCGGGACAGCCGAAGACCUCGACGCCCGAAAGGAACUUUUACGGUGUGGUUGGGGCGUUGUUAGGGAAAUGAGCUGGUUCUUGGACACGCUUUUGGGGUAUGUGAUGACUGAUGUUAUCGACGUAGAAUUCAGGAAAUUGAAGGACACGCUGCUCGAGAAGACGUCUACCUUGGCUAGGCAGCAUACCGAUUCGCAGCCGCAGCUAGCUCUAGCUGCAGAUGCAAAUACCGAAGUAGGCGACCAGCACGUUGGGGUUUCGCAUUCCUCGUCUUCGCUGCCGACGUCACAUAGCACCGUGUCAAACUCGUCUACGGCGAACUCACAGCUUGAUUUCACUACCCUGCGGAGCAUUCAUACGACGUAUCUGGAGCGCUUGCUUACGGGCAGCCUGUUAUCAAAUCCUGUUUUGACGGCCAUCAUACGCACGAUUCUGGAAAUGUGUGAGCGCUUUGUGGCCCAGGUGGAGCGAUGGGGAGGCGACGUCCUACCUGCACUUCUAUUCGAAGGCAGCCUCUCCAUGGGCGGUGAUGAUAGAGUAGGGAAGAUGGUGAAGGAGCGACAGGCUGUGGUCACCGAAAUGAGCGAGACUUUACAUAUGCUGUUGGAGUCAUUCUACGAGCAGCUAUCGCUAUCGACGACGCAACAGCCGUUCUCAACAGCCACUGACGCGUCAAAGUCGAUGAUGUACAGUGUCAGCAUGGCGAACGCGUCCGGGUUCCAGACGUUCAUUCGCCCGAAGCGGGGUAAGCACCUGGCGGGGGACGAGGAGGUGCGCAGGCAUGUGGAGCGGCUGUUGUUACGCCUCGAUUUCAACGGCGGGUUCUCGAAGCCAACUGGUGAUGCGGGCAGGGAUGAAGAAGGGGAUAUUUUAAAGGAGGGCGGCCUGACAUAGUUACGACCCUGAAUUUCGGGCCUCGCUGUUUCGUUGCUUUUGUAGAUCGUCGUGUAGUUCACCGUCGCUGAUCGGUUUUGUCGGAUGAGCCGCGAUUCGAACCGGAAGGCAUAGGCGAAUAGAUUGCGCAAGCGAUGGGUACCGUGC